CAACCUUAAGACACGCUAAGGUUCCUUCGUUUCUUCAUAUCCAUCUAUCUCCUACCGUUCUUUCUUUGCCCUAGCCAUUCACCACUCUCAUUCUUCAGCUCUAAUCCUAAUACUCCAACUACGCGCUCGCUUCUCUCAUCAUUCCCAUCAUUCUCAAUCUCGCCCUAGAUCCCCUGUUUCGUUUCUUCCACUCGUCCAUCUAUCUAUCAAGAGUUCUCUCAGUCAUAUACUCUCGUCAUUCCUGUCUCUAUGAUCACCAUGCCAAAGGAUGUCAAGCCUCCGACCCACCGCAGCUCUAACCCAACCUCAUUCGCAGCGGGAGGCGGGACUAGGAGCUCAUCCUGGUCUGCAAAGGAUGAUGAAACCCUUAUCUCUGCGCGAGCUCAAGGGUUGAACUGGAAUCAGAUUGCGCCUAGACACUUUUCAUCAAAGACGCCAAAUGCAUGCCGCAAAAGGCAUGAGCGCUUGAUGGAGAAGCAGCACGCUGAACAAUGGGAUGGCGUUAAACUGGAGGACCUUGCGCAAGCAUACAUGAACGUGCGGCGAGAGAUGUGGAGUAUUCUUGCAGCCCAAGUAGGAGAGAAGUGGCAGCUGGUUGAGCAGAAGUGCAUGGAGAAAGGGCUCAAGAAUCUCUCACAAGCCUACCGGUCCGCGCAGAAGAAACAGGGUACUUAUGACAGCCAAGAUGACAGCGGAAUCGGAGUUUCUGACCCUGAGGACGAAGCAGAUGACCGCCACGCGGACAUGAACGACAUCCCGGAGGGUUCUGUGCAAUACCCAGCAAGCAAUUCAUCUGGGCAGCGAGUCCCUUCGAUCCAGUCCAUGCUCCAAUACCCAUCGUCCUUUCAGCAACAACAUCACCUUCAGCAAUAAUUACCUUCUCCCGACCAUUUACCGGCCUUUGCCGCAUUAAGAGUAUUUGUUUUCAGACCUUACGACCCUCACGAUCAUUUGGGGGACAUUUCCGGGAGCACCCCGGCGACGGAGCAUACUGCACCUCCGUCCUAUCAUCUGGCAGGCGACACCUCUGCCAUAUUGCAUCACACCAUACACCUAGAGUUGGGAUAAGGUUCAGUCCUUUCGGCGUUUCCCAAAAUAUCUCAACAUCUAUACAUCAGGGUAGGCGCAGCGACGGAAUGUAAUAGCGGAGGAAGUACAGAACGGACAUUCACUACUGCGAAGCAAGCUGGAAAUAAUUGUUAGGCAGCGUCUCACAAUCUC